UUUUAUUUUUAUUGUUCCAGGAUAUGUGCAGAAAAUAACAGCUCGCAAGGACAUUGAUGUAAUGGAGGACUUGGAUAAUGGAAGGCCACCCUGAGCCUAGAGAGAUUUUACAUUUCAGGGAGUAUACGCAGAUGAUAAUUUUGAUGAUUUGUAGUUUUUACAUCUUUCAUGUAAAUUGACUGUUUACAUUUAUAGAGAAUAAAAGUGAACAUCCUCAAAAAGCAGAAUUCAGAAAAGUGACGCAAAGAAUUUAUUCUUUUCUUCUUUUCCUCUUAUCUUCUGCAACCACAGUUUUGCUCUUCCUUGCCUUUAUGCACAUCCUCAGAAUCUUGUGUUCAACUGCUGGAUAUCAAGUUUGAAGUCAUCUAUCAGCUGAUCUAUUGUUGAAAGUUUAGUAACGUUCUGUUUCUUUAAGCUUCUGACUGUUCAAAGAAAACAAAGACUCCCAGAAAUGCAGAACAUUAGUUUUCUAGAGUUCCAGUGCAAGCUUUCAAGAAGCAAGCUUCUGCGAAGGCCAUCCCGAUUGUUCUCUUCCCGGGACAGGCAAAGCUCUAGCACCAGCAGGACCAGCACACCACCCACUUUGCAGCCAAAUUUGAGCGAGAUGAGGCAGGUUUUCAAUAAAUUUGAUUCAAACAAAGACGGCAAAAUUUCUCAGCAGGAGUACAAGGCAGCAUUAAGAGCUCUGGGACAGGAAAACAUGAUAGGAGAAGUGCCAAAGAUUUUCCAGGUAGUUGAUAUGGAUGGAGAUGGAUUUAUAGAUUUCACAGAGUUUGUUGAAGCUCAAAAGAAGGGAGGAGGCAUUAAGACGACAGACAUUCAAGGUGCUUUUCAAGCAUUUGACGUUAACGGAGACGGGAAGAUAACUGCUGAGGAACUUAUGGAAGUCUUAAGGUGUCUCGGUGAGAGUUGCAGCCUAGAGGAUUGCCGGAGAAUGGUCAGGGCAGUUGAUGCUGAUGGUGAUGGCAUGGUUAACAUGGAUGAGUUCGAAACCAUGAUGACAAAGACUUUGAUUAAUCAAGAAUAAAAGGGCCUAUUCUUUUACGAAAGCUUCUUUUACUUGUAAUCCUUUUCUGUGACAAAUGCAUUUGGGUAACUUCUUAUUCAGAAUUCUUCAUGUGAUGCAUAUGUUUAU